UGCAAAUAGAUGCUUGUUACAUAACCUCAAAAUAGAGCGCUGACACGGAUAAGUAGAAAACUAUGACAAUCAAGGAGGCCAUAAAGGCGCCCUACAAUUGUAGGGACGACUGACGAUACGGGCCUUAGCGACGAUUCCAAGGUGGGUGCACCAAAAACGGCAGUCACCCAGGAAAACGUCGAUGCUCUGCGCAAACUCAUCAUUGAAGAUAGAAAUGUGACAUAUCGCGAGAUGGCGAGAUUGAGGCGUCCUUGAAGAUCUCAAAGACCUCAGUUCAAAAAAUUUUACAUUUAGAAUUAGGAGUUAGGCCCGUAUCGUCAGUCGUCCCUACAAUUGUAGGGCGCCUUUAUGGCCUCCUUGAUUGUCAUAGUUUUCUACUCCUCCGUGUCAGCGCUCUAUUUUGAGGUUAUGUCACAAAUAUCUAUUUGCAUCAAAUUGUGCUUGCUUUUGAGUUAUAUCAUGUUUUAUCACCCUGAAAUUUCCUACAAUUUAAAAGGAAAACAUAUCUUCACAAUAGGAGAGCGCUGACGCUGACAUGGGUCAAGUGUAAUCUAGAAAUUUUUGAAGGAGAGAAACGAGUAUGACAAUCAAGGAGGCCAUAAACGCGCCCUACAAUUGUAGGGACGACUGACGAUAUGGGCCUAAGAAAAUUGGUUUUUCGUUGUAUACCCCACCUGUUGACUGAAGAGCAGAAAGCAGCCAGGGUUAAUAGGUGUCAAAAAACGCUUGACCGUUUCAAUUCCGGAAACCCAAAAAAUGUGUACAGAAUUGUUGGUGGUGAUGAAUUGUGGAUUUACUGUUAUGAAUCAGAUAAUAAACGACAGUCGACUGUUUGGGUGUUCCAAGGUGAAGAAAAGCCAACAAAAGUCAUUCGUUCUCGAAGUGUUUCGAAAAAGAUGGUCGCGACAUUUGUGUCAAAAGCGGAUCAUAUUGCAACAAUUCCUCUUAAUCAGCAAAGAACUGUUAGUGCGGAAUGGUAUACCACCAUUUCUUUGCCAAAAGGCAUCAUCAAGCUUCGAAAAAUCAGCCCCGAAAGAAGAAUCAUCCUCCACCAAGACAAUGCAAGCUCACAGCCCAAAAAACAAGGCAGUAUUUAACGGAAGAAAACGUGGAAUUAUUGGUCCAUCCUCCAUAUAGUCCCGAUCUAAGUCCAGUCUUCCAGUCAUCAGAAGAAGCAGUUGACGCAUUCAAAAAUGCCGUUUUGGAUCUGCCAGCAAACGAGUGGAAUAAGUGGUUGGAGCGCAUGCAGAUGUGUAUUAAUCUUCGUGGAGAAUACUUCGAAUAACAAUAACGUCAUUUAAAACUACCUACGGUGUUGUUUUAUUUCCAUAGGCAAAACUUAAAAGACAUCCCUCGUAAUAACAAAAUAUGUGGUUAAUAUGUAUAUUUGAAGGUACACAGAAACUGAUUCGAGACCACUCACUCCUGCACCGACUUUAGCUAGUGGUGCUACACGAGCUUCCGGCUCUAGGAGAUGUGUUACGCCCGAUCUGAUACCUAUUGAAAUAAUUAGGGAGAAAACAUUGUUGGUGUUGGAUCUACGCAGAAGCCAUAGUCAGGAAACCUUGUCAAUGCAUGGCAGUUCAAGUGUAACGAAAGAGCCACCACUGAUCAACAUUCAACGCAUCCCUACAAGGUCUACCAGUUUGGACAAUAUACAAGUUGAAGAAACUAAUCGCAAAACUUUAAUGACACCAACUGUACCAAAACGGCCUAAAAGUGGUAAUAAAAAAAGCACUAAGCAAGAUAAUGAAGAAAAUAAUUCAGAUAAAGAUUCUGCAGAAAGCGAUGAGGUAUUCGUUAAAAGACGAGGCAAAAAGAGACGUAAAAAAGGAAGGGAUGGUUCAAGAGGUCCACCGGGUUUUCAACCAUCAUUAGAUCCAGAAACCCAGGUCGCAACAGUAGGAUCAGAGUCUGCCAACACAAGUGCUAGGCCAUCAUUAGUUCCCGACACUGAGGAAAUUGAAACACCUGUUCCUACUCAAAACAGACGAAGGAUCAAUCUGAAAUACACAAAAAGUUUUGAGGUAGAUUCUUAUCUUGAUAUUGAGAUUCUGAAAUACUUGCGUAGGGAACUCACUGCAGAAUUGGUUGACACUGAACUGGAUGAUAAGAGACGUAAAGCUUUAGAGGAAGCUUUGAAAACAUUGUCCAAAGGGAAGCAUGAUUGCCAGGAAUUGAUUGUACUUCAAAAGGAGCUGAAAGUUUCUCCAGUAAAUGUCGAUUUAUGGAUUGCAUUGCCACGAACAUUUUCAAGAUCUAGUGCCAGUUUUGAGUUACCUAUGGACAGUAGAACUCUCAACACAAUGACUCCACUGCAAUAUGUAAGGAAUCAUGUAAACCUCAGUUCACAAAGGAAAUUACUGUACAACUGUAUUUUUCGCAGAUACAAAAUCGAGCUUGAUGAUGAACACUCUUAUGAAAGAAAGGUCUCAGCAGAUGUAAGACUUGUACUAUUGUUUAAAAAAGUUAGGGAUAUCAGGUUCUACCAGAAUGUCUAGGCCUAGUCAUGGGAAAAACUUUGACUACACCACAGCUAAACUACAUCAGAUCAUUGCUUGGAUGGCAGUACAAUGAUGAGUUUGAUUUCAAAACUUGUUGCGGAAUAUUUGCACUGUGUGAAAGACUGUUAGCUAGUCAAUUUUGUCCUCUAUUACCUGACAGAAACGCAGAUCCAUGUUUAGAGAUAGAAGCUGCAGAUUUUGAAGCUUUAGAGAGAAAAUUACAUGGUAGAACUGUAGAUGAGAGACUUACAAAAAUCCUGGAUUUACUCAAAACUAUUUGAACAUCCAGUGUAUAAUAAUUAAAAAAUGUAAUUCUAGUUAGUUAAUAAUAUACGAGUAUAACAUUAUGUAAAACUGCCUGCGACUUCCAAAAGUUACUACAGACACUUAUGUAUUUGUUGUUAGGAUACGUGGGCAAAUUUAACUAUGUCUAACAUGAUUUUUGGUAGACUAGCACGUUAUGGUAUAGAAAAUCAGCCUUUAGAUUGGUUGGGGAGUUUCCUUACAAACAGAAAUCACUCUGUAGCUGUACACCAUCUAAACUCUGGUCAUUAUUUGCUCGUAUUUUGAUUCUAUUAUGUAUUAAUACUCCAAUAAACAUUAUUAUUAUUAUUAUUAUUAUGGAACUCAAUUCUAGCAUUGAAGAAAGUUUGAUGGGCGUCCCACAGGGGACUGUUAUAUGCCUUUUUUAUUUUUGCCUUCAUAAUUAAGUUACGUAAAGUACAUGAUGCAGUGAUAACUUCAUUUGCAGAUAAUACCUCAAUCAUACCUUCGCACAUACAAUACAGAUGCUGCAAAGUUGAUUUUCAAAUACUAACAUAUGUAUUUUAAUUAAAAUAACACAAUGCAUUAUAUUUCACACAAGUCAAAGAAACUGUAAUUAAGUAAAUUUCUAAUUUGAUAACGUUAAUAUUAUAUAUAAUAAUGCGAAAUAUGUUCAGUUUCUUGGUGUGACUAUGUAUAAUAAUGAGGCUUAAUUCAUCAUAUUAUCUAUUAUCAAAUUUAAGAUAUAUUUUACCAUUAAAUCAAUCAGUUAGUUUGAAUUAGGUAUGUGUUAACUGUGUUAUGAGAUAUGGCAUAUCAUUUUGAGUGAUUUCUAUAAAUUCAGAAUAAUCAGAUGCAUAGCAGGUGUGUUAGUGGUAGAGAUUCCGAGUACUAACACUUGCUAGUUUAUACAUAUUGGAAACUGGUUUAUAUAUAUAUAUAUAUAUAUAUUUCAAAAUAGGGAUAAAUUCUCAAAACAUGUCCAAAUACAUACAAUUAACACAAGAAUUAUUGAAGACUUCUAUAUACCACCCUAAAGAACUUAAAAAUUAAGUCCCCAAAUAUUGACCUAAAAAAUUUUAACCUGUUGCCUUUGGAAAUUACUACAAGCUUAAGACAUAAAUAAUUAUUUACCCACUUACAACGAUAUAUGUUUAAAAUCGAGCACUUUCCCCACAGCUUUAAAAAUAUCCAAUGUAAUUCCAAUACAUACAAACGGGUUUGUUGAUGAAGCCUCGAACCACCGUCCUAAAUAACUUGUACCCUACUUUCAAACAUUUUUGAAAUUCUACUCAAGGACCAACUGAGCAACUAUCUCGAAACGAACAACCUGCUAAAUUCUUAUCAAUAUGGCUCUAGAACAGGCUUAUCAACAAUUACUGCAAUAAAUACCUUUGUUGACACUAUACAUGAUGGUUUUGAAAAUAGACAAGAUAUAGAGGCAAAUUCAUUCGAUUUGAGCAAAGCCUUCGACUGUGGACAACAUGAUAUAGUUGUUUCAAAGCGACCAUAUUACUCAAUCGAUCAUUGUACUGUAGUUCUUCUGAAGUCUUAUUUAGAGCAAAGACAACAGCUCGUCGAAUACAAUGUGUGUACAUCUACAGUAGGCACAGUUUAUUCCAUGGCAUGCCACAAGGUCUGUCCUUGGCACUUUGCUUUUCUUGCUCUAUAUAAAUGACCUUCCAAAUUGUAUUUCCGAUAGUUGAAUAGUAAGCUUAUUCUUUAUGCUGAUGACACCACUCUAGUCUUAUCCCACGAUUCAUUAACAAACAUUAGCAGAGAGACAACAACCAGAAGUUAAGUUUCUUGGUGUGUAUAUUGACACCUUUUUGAACUGGGAUGAACAUAUCAGUCAUAGUUACCAAAUCCUUAACAAGAAUAAUUUAUUUAAUACACAAUUUAAAAGACCUGUUGACCAGUUACCAUGCAUAUUUCCAUAGCAAAAUGACAUACCCCUUCUGGCAUGGGGUCACUCUCUGCACUUGUACAAAGUAUUUGCCCUACAGAGUACAGAGAAGGUGUAUCCGAUAUAUGUUUAGCAAAUCUAAAAUAUAGAGAUCAAUGCAGAGCCGAGUUUAUCAAACAUGAGAUCAUCACACUACCUGGUGCAUAUAUACUUUGCUGCCUCUUGUAUGUCAAGUCAAAUCAUGACUUUUAUACCAACCACCAAGAAACUUAUUCAUAUAACACCUGACACAAAGAGAACUUGUACCCAAAACAAUAUAGACUUGCUAAAACGACAAAUGGAGUUAACUAAGAUGGUAUAAAAUUUUACUAUAUAUUACCUAAGGAACUAAGAUCUCUAGAAUACAACGAAUCUAGUAAAGCUGUGAAAAAUUUGCUCUGUCAACAACUUUUUUCACCACUGAUGAGUUCCUCAACCACAGCUUCGUCCAAUAGUUUUAUCUCGUUUACAAUUUCUUUUGUUUUAUCUAAUCCAUGUAUAUUAUUUAUUGUGGUCUAAUAUCUUGUGCCAUUUGUUUAUUAAUUGGAUGUAGUUUGUUAUAAUUUUAUCUUGUGUGCCUUUUAUUGCUACCCUUUUAACUAUUAUGUGUGUAUGAUCUGCAGUGUUUGUUUUUUAUAUGUAGUUUGUUAUUUUUUUUUACUCUUGCUACUAAGCCUCAAUUAUUGUAUUGACUUGUGAGAGCACAAUUCGAGUACUAGCACCAAUAAACCAUUAUUAUUAUUAUUAUAAAAAUCAAAGGAUUUUUUAAUCGUACAUAGGUUUUAAAGUAUAGAAUAUGAUAUAUGCCAUAAGUGUCAGUUUCACUAUUUGACUAUUAGAUGUAC